GUCUUAGCAGAGAGGAAGACAAUAGUCAAUCAAAAGGGAAGAACCCCACAAAGUGAGGUCCAAAGACUCAAAAUUUAAAAACUCUUUCUCUUUCUUUCUUUCUCUCUCUCUUUGUCUCUCUUCUUUCUCUUUCUGUCUAAAAGGGAAAUAGAGAAUGGGGACGAGGGAGAUAGAGUCGGAAGAAUGGGGGUCAUGAUUCAUCAUCCAAACCCAUUUCAUUCCAUUGCCUUCAAAGAAAAAUUAAAAACAAAAAAAUAAAAAAGACAAGUAAAUCUGAUCAGAGCCUCCCCCACCAAAUGGAACUAUCAGAUUUGCAAAACAACAAGCAAAACAUCACCAACACAAACAACACCAACACAAAAACAAACACAGGACCACCACCAGGAGCAGCUGCAGCUGCUGCUGCUGGCGGUGGCGGCGGUGGUAGUGGUGGUGGUGUUAGUGGUGCUACUCAUCCUCGUCCACACCCCCACCAUCAUCACCAACAAUCCUCUUCUUCCCAUGUUGUCAGGCCAAACCCUCCAUCUCCUUUCAUCUCUUCCUCCACCACUUCUUCUUCUUCUAAUUCUUCCUCCUCUUCCUCUUCUGCGUCAGCUUCUUCCCACAUCAUCGAUGCCUCCUUGGCCAUCGCCACCAGAUCUGAUGAUUCCGCCAACAAGACCCAACCGCUCUCCACCGCCGUCGCCGCGCCCUCCCCCGCCGCCAACCCUCCCAAGCGAUCCACCAAGGACAGGCAUACCAAGGUAGACGGCCGCGGCCGCAGAAUUCGAAUGCCCGCCACCUGCGCUGCUAGGGUUUUCCAAUUGACUAGAGAAUUGGGCCACAAGUCCGACGGAGAGACCAUCGAGUGGCUCCUCCAGCAGGCCGAGCCCGCCAUCAUCGCCGCCACCGGGACCGGCACCAUCCCCGCUAAUUUCUCCACCCUCAACGUCUCCUUCCGCAGCAGCGGCUCCACGUUGUCCGCACCGCCGUCCAAGUCGGCCCCGCACACCUUUCACGGCGCGCUCGCACUCGCUCACCACCCUUACGAUGAAGCCUUUCAGCACACCGCUUUACUUGGCUUCCACCCUCACGCUCACGCUCACCAGCAGCACCAACAGCACCAGCAGCAACUUCUUUCCGCCGAUCAAAUCGCGGAAGCGCUUCCCAGCGGCGGCGGUGACUCCGGCGAUAGCUAUCUCAGGAAACGCUACCGAGAAGAUCUGUUCAAAGACGAUAACAUUAACUCCCAAUCACAGAACGAGAGCGGUGACGGUUCUUCGCCUAAAACUCCGAAUCUACAGCUACCGAAGCAGCAGCCCCAGCAGCAAAACGAAGCUGGUUCUGGGCUUCUCAGGCCCACGAAUUUGCUACCCGCCACAGCGAUGUGGGCCGUGGCACCCGCUCCAGCGAGUGGACCUCCGGGCAGCACAAUUUGGAUGCUUCCGGUAACCGCGGCUUCUUCCGGUUCUGCUGCAGCUGCCGCUUCAGCCUCUUCUUCUGGCGGUGGUGGAUCCUCUGCGAGUUCGGAGAGUCAGAUGUGGCCUUUUCCUCAGAGUGGUUUCAUGCCAAGGUUCAAUCUUCCGAGUGCGCUUGAAUUCCAAGGCGCACGUGCGGGUUCUCUGCAAUUAGGGUCAAUGUUAAUGCCGCAGCAACCUUCUCAACAUCUGGGUCUCGCCAUGUCCGACUCCAACUUCGGCAUGUUAGCUGCCCUUAAUGCUUACUCAAGACCUGGUUUCAAUAUUAAUUCCGACAAUCAUCAUCCUCAUCACCAUCACCAUCAUCACCAUCAUCAUCCCUUGGAGCAUCAGCAUCAACAUCAACAUCAACCCAGUGAGAGUGGAGAAGAUGCUCCUAACAGCUCCCAAUGAACUCUCAAAUUGAUUGGAAGUUGAGUUGAAUGAAUUUGUGAUAAGUGAGUGCUUUUGAAAAAUCCAUGGAUGCAUGCUAGCUCAUGCUCAUCACAGUUGAGUAGAUAAUUAGAUGUGCUUCUGAUUAUGCUUUUUUUUUUUUAAUUUAUUAUUUACAUUUUUUUGCACUUCUUUUCUUUGUAGAGAGUGCAUUUUCUUUAGCUUGAUCUGGAGAUCUCGGUAUGUUUGGUUUUGGUCCAAAGGGACGUAGGAGACUGAGAGAGUUUGUAUAGGAGGAAAUUUGUCUUGCUAUUUUCAUUUACUUUAUUUGCUUCUUCUCUUUUCUUUCUAUGUAUGACAGCAUGAAAAAAAUAUUAAAACAAAGGAAUUUAAAUGGAAAGAUUUGAUUUCCUUCCUUC